AUGGCUCCUGGCAGGUUUGCCCAAAUCUUUCUCCUGCAUGGAGCUUUCGUUUUUGGAAUGGUCAGUUCCAGUCCAGUCCAGUUUGGGGAGAUCAGGUCCCCCAAUUACCCCAAGCCAUACCCGAACAACAACGUCAGCACCUGGGACAUUGCCGUGGCCAAAGGCUUCAGAGUGAAGCUGAAAUUCUGGGAGUUCGAUUUGGAGCCCUCUGAGGCUUGUUUGUAUGACUAUGUCAAGGUCACCGCAGACAAGAGAGAUCUGGGCCGGUUCUGUGGCCAGCUGGAUUCAGCCACUGGUAACCACCCUGGAAGGCGAGAGCUGGUGUCUUCGGGGAACCGAAUGCGGCUGUUGUUCCACUCUGAUUUUUCCAAUGAAGAUAACGGCGAGCUUGUCUUCUACAAGGGCUUCCUGGCCUAUUAUGAAGCUGUAGAUUUGGACGAAUGCGCCCAAGGAAACGGCAUCGGAGAAGAGGAGAGACCACGGUGCCAGCACUUCUGCCACAACUAUGUCGGGGGCUACUUCUGCUCCUGCCAGCCUGGUUACCAUCUCCAGAGCGACCGGCAUUCUUGUAAAGUGGACUGCAGCAAUGAGUUGUUCACGGAGCUCAAAGGAUAUGUGUCAAGCCCUGGAUACCCUCGGCCCUACUCGCCAGACCUGCAGUGUAACUACAGCAUACGAGUGGAGAAGGGGCUGUCCAUCACACUCAAAUUCCUGACGCCUUUUGAAAUUGAGGACCACCAGCAAGUCCGCUGCCCUUAUGACCAGCUCAAGAUCCACGCUGGGGGUAAAGAAAUCGGCGAAUUCUGCGGCACAGUGACCCCAGACAGCAUCGAAACCAACAGCUCUUCGGUGGAUCUUUCUUUCUUCACAGAUGAGUCAGGAUUUGGCCGUGGGUGGAAGAUCCGGUACACCUCAGAAAGAAUCCGUUGCCCACAGCCCGCUCCGAACGACGAGUUCACCAUCAUCAAAAACCCACAGCCCAUCUAUCAGUUCCAGGACUAUUUCAUUGUCCGCUGUCAGAAAGGUUAUAACCUAAUGGAGGGAGACAAGCGGCUGCCAUCCUUCACUGCCGUCUGUGAACACGAUGGGACCUGGCACCGCCCCAUGCCCAGGUGUCAAAUUGUGGACUGCGGUGAACCUAAACUUCUGACCAACGGGAUCAUCGAGUACAAGUCCAAUCCCGGGAAAAACAUCUACCAGUCAGUUGUCACAUAUCGCUGCAAUGAGCCCUACUAUCAAAUGCUCACCAGUAAUGGGACAGGUGAAUAUACUUGCUCUGCUGAGGGCUCCUGGAGGAAUAACAAUGAUCUCGAGGGCAUCCCAGUGUGUCUGCCAGUGUGCGGAAAGCCAGAAAAUCCAGUUGAGAAAAUCCAGCGGAUUAUUGGUGGGAGUUUAGCACAGGAGGGCAACUUCCCGUGGCAGGCAAAGACUGUCAUCUCUGGUCUUGGGCGUGCCGGAGGAGCGUUGCUGGGUGACCGCUGGAUCCUGACAGCUGCCCACACCUUGUACCCCAAGGGGCGAGCCGAAUUUGGAGAGAGGAUGAGCCUCGAAGAGUUGGCUGAGAAAGUGGAAGUCUUCCUGGGCGCCAUCAAUGUGACCGAUCUCCACAAGUUGGGCAACAAGCCCAUCCUCAGGCUCUUUGUGCACCCGGACUACAACCCCGAUAACGAGCAGAACUUCGACGGCGACAUCGCACUCAUCGAGCUACGAGACCCUGUAAUUCUUGGCCGCGAUGUCCUGCCCAUUUGUCUCCCGGAUCCACGAAACACUUCUUUCUACAACAGAGGGCGGGUGGGGUACGCCAGUGGCUUCGGUGUGGAGAAGCAUCACCUUUCUGAUAGACUGAAAUAUGCAAUGAUCCCAGUGGCCAACCAGGCAGCCUGUCGGGAAUGGCUAAAGGAUAAGAAGAUCCGUGGGAAGGAUCCAGUUUUCACAGCUAAUAUGUUUUGUGCAGGUUCUCCUAGGGAAGCGACUGACACCUGCCAAGGUGACAGCGGCGGGGCCUACACUGUGCUUGACCCAGAGACUGGGCGCUGGGUGGCCACCGGCAUUGUCUCUUGGGGCCUCGAUUGUGGCAAAGGGUAUGGCUUCUACACCAAAGUUGUCAACUAUGUGAACUGGAUCAAGGGCAUUGUGGAGCAGAAUUGGGUCUGAAGGCCUACACGGCAGUGUCAUGCAGGCUUUCAAGAGGUGACAGGGAAUACAGCCCUUUGAAAGCAGAGCUAUCCAAGCAAUUCCAGACGUAAAUAACUAAAUGAUACAUUUAAAUAAAAUUGCAUAUUACCAUA